AUGCACCAACCCAUCCCCACUACAUUUGCACUGCUUGGCCUCCUAUUCAGCUCAGCAGCUGCCCUAACCUACGCCGCGCUAGGGGACUCCUAUCCCGCCGGCGACGGUGCCGGCCAUGCCCUCCUGCCACCUGAUCACCCGGACUUCGGCUGCGGUCGCUUCACCUCCGCAUAUCCCGUACUGCUCUCCCAAACACCUGAGCUAAACAUUAACCCAUCCAGCGACUUCCUCAACCUCCCCUGCGGCGGCGCCUCUACCAGCUCCGUGCGCCGAACUCAGCUACCCUUGCUAUUGAGAGGGAGCGAUGGGUGGGAUGUGCUCACGCUGACCGUGGGUGGGAACGAGGUUGGAUUCUUUGAGGUGCUGAAUGCGUGCGUGUAUCGUUUCUUCCCGGUGCUGCCGGGUCGGGGUUGUGUAGCGGAGUUAGAGCGGGCCAGAAGUCUGGUCGAGGAUGGAGGUGGGAAGGGACUGUUGAAGGGUGUGGGGGAGCUCGUGAGGGAGCUGGCUGGGUACAAGGAUGAAGUUGGAGGCAGGCUGUUGGUGACAGGCUAUGCACGGUUCUUCAAUGAGGACACGGAGUGGUGUGAUGGGGUCAGCUUUGCGGGUGCUGGUUGGGAGGAGUUGUUCUUGACGAGGGCGAUGAGGAGGGAGUUCAAUGAGGUUGUACGACUACUGAAUGAUAUCAUCCGGGCGAAUGCGGAAGUGCAUGGAGCAGAGUAUGUGGACAUCGAUGCUGUUUUUGAAGGGCACCGGUUUUGUGAGGAGGGUGGAUGGGAAGCGCUCAUCAGUGACGAGACGUGGUUUUUCGGUGCACCAGAGCAGGAGCAGCGAUCGUCAACGACAGUCGACAUCAAUGGCAAGCGGCGGCAGGAAACGGUUCUUCGACUUCCAAGACCUAUUGGAGGCUUCGUCAAUAUGACAAGAGCGUUUCAUCCGACUGUGUUGGGUCACGAAGCUGUCGCGAAGCAGAUUGCUGAUAUGCUCUUGUCCAUUUCUGAGUGA